ACACACACACACACACACACACACGCUGCAUUCGCUGCGACGAAAGGAAAGGAUGGAUGGGGAGGUGCGUGGUGGUGGUGGUGGUUGGCGGUGGUGGUUUGGUCACACACUCAGCAACAACAACAACAGCAGCAGCAACCACAACAACAACAGCAGCAGGGAGCAGCAGGGGGGAUAUUGAUGAUGAUGACAAUGACACAAGCAAUCCAUCAAUCAAUCAAUCAAGCAGACGAGCCAGCACACAAGCAAGAAGCAAGCAAGCCAAGGGACAUGUAUUCAUUCACUCCACUUGGACGAGCGACACGUCCACCACGUGGCUGACGAUGAGGAUGAUGAUGGUGGCUUGAAUGACAGCACCGUGUACUUGAGCGGGUGCCAUCACCAGCAGGCCUCUGACAUUGUCAUCACCGCUGCCAUACGGCGGUCGGUGCCAUGCACGGGCACGGAGACAGUGAGCCAGCUCGUGGUCUCCAGCGUGGUGGCUGGGAUGUGCACUGAGGGCUGCACUGGCACGUCGUGCACGACAGCUUCUCAUCCCACCGACAGCCACGGGCAUUGCACCUUUGCUGUGAUUGAGUGCUGCCAGCACGUGGCCCCACCUCAACCUGCCACAUCAUCAUCACCAUCCCCGACACUGCCAUCAACAGCUGCACUGCUUGCUGUCCUGCGCGGCGUUGUGGCGGUGCACUCAAGGCCCUUUUGCCAGCCGCCGUCACUGCACGCUGCCGGUUUCAAGCAGCUCACUGCGUUGGAUGCUUUUGGCCCGUGGACCACCACACUGUUGUUGGAAGAGGGAUUGGCCGUGAUUGUGGCGGUUGUUGUGGUGCUGCACGCCAUGACAUCAACAGCGGCAGUUGACGAGCGGCAGCAAGGAGGCGGCCAUCGUGUUUCUGGUUCGCAUGCAUGUGCUGGCGACGUGGCGCAGGAGCGGUUCAAGGACUACGACAACGAUUCUGUGCCGUUUAUGAAGAACAUUCUCCAACACGCGAACGACAGGCAGUACCGCAUGCUGCGCGGCCUGAUGGGCGUGUCUGUCUGCAACGACAUGUUUGCGCCGGAUGCACACGACCUCAUGCACAUUAUGGUUCCCGGCUCCCGUGAAUCGCCCAACACCAGCGCGACCGAGAACUGCAUCUCCGCCUUUGUCAAGGUUGCACACGGCCUCUCAGAGAUGCUGACACAUCUGCUUGACUGGCUGUCUAUUACAGAAGACGACGAUGAAGCAAAGUACAUCUUCACAUACCUCCUUCAAAGCGUGAAUCCACGCGAGACCGCGCCUGAGUGCCCGGUGAUUGGCACCCCCGCAGCCGCCGUCGACGAGCCCCACUGCCAGGGCAUGUACACAGCCUCAUGGUGCAACAUGCAGGAUUCGCCUGCCCACGGUGUGUUGGGGCAGUUGAUGCAGGACCCCGAGGUGCACACCCGCGUGCAGCGCGCUGUUGAGGCACUUAGCUCGUCCGCGUAG